AUGAAAGUGUGUGUGGUUGUCCCGUUUAUUCUUUGGCUAUUGGGAACACCUGGCGUGGAAAUCCUUUCAAUCCAAGGAUCGUAUGGUGUUGGAUGGAAUGAUGUCAACCAAAAUGUCAUAUUAUCUUUUUCGAAACGCAACUCACAUGAGUGCGUAGAAUCUUCGCAAGCAAAUUCUACGUACUGUGAAUCCUUAUCGAAUGGAUUUUAUGAAUAUCCUUACAACUGCAGCGCAUAUAUAACGUGUUAUGAUUCAUGUGCCGAUUUGGAGUACUGUCCCGACGGAAAACUUUUCAACAGUCCUCUGCAAAUCUGCGAUACACCAGGAGCCGUCGACUGCGAACCAUUGCCAUAUCCAACACCUUCACCCACAGAAUCACCACCGGAAAAUCCUUGUUUGGGCAUAAGAAACAACACUUUGCUGCCCUCCGCUGAAAAUUGUAAUGAGUUCUACUUGUGCGUGAAUGACCAAAGUAAAGUUUAUCGGUGUCCUAGUGAGAUGCUUUUCAAUCCGGAUUUGAAUAUUUGUGAUGAUAAGGAUAAUGUGCUGUGCUAUGGUGACCGUACUACUCCGGGACCGUUGGAUACCACAACGCCUGCUGAGGAGUCCUUCACGAAGUGCGAGGAUCAAGAGCAAGGAACAUUCUUUCCGGACCCUGAAAGCUGUCAGCAAUACUACUAUUGCUGGGGCAACAAUUCCUACACAAUUUUACCUUGCCCGGUUGACAAUUGGUUUAACCCGAUCAGCGGCAAUUGCGGUCCCGAUAUUGACCCAGAUGCUUGCCGAGAAAACGCUCCAACCUCGACACCAACUAUUGCUACUUCAACAUCAACAACUGCAGCCCAAACAUCGCCAGAAGAUAAUGCUGGUAAUCCAUGUGCAGAUCAACAACUGGGUGCCAGCUUUCCCAUAAAAUCCGACUGCCAGUCGUACCUUCUCUGCCUGAACAAUGGUGAAUCAACGACUGCAAAAUGCCCAUCGAACGCAUGGUUCGAUCCAAAGACUGGAGAUUGUGGUCCAAAUGUAUCACCCACCGCUUGUCUUGAAUCCUUCGAAACCACCACGACUGCUGCAACAACACAAGCACCGAAGGAUCCUUGUGCCGAUCAAGAACUUGGAACAUCAUAUCCACUCGUCACAAAUUGUCAGCAAUAUAUUCUCUGCAUGGGAAACGGAGAGUCCACCAUUGCGAAUUGCAUUUAUAACUCCUGGUUCGAUCCGCAAACUGGAAAUUGUGGCCCCGAUGUGUCUCCGACAGCGUGUAAGGAAUCUGGAGUUACCACCGCAUCCUCCACCCCCACAAGUCAAGCCACCUCUCCGCUCACAACACCAUCGCCCACAUGGCCGACGUUGCCUACAGCAAGUACCGAGGAAACAACUACCAAUCCUCCGGAUAUCUUGGACAUUUGUUCUGGAAAGAGUGAUGGUUACUAUGCCACGUAUCCCGAGGUAUGCAAGAAAUACAUACUGUGUGCUAGUCCUGUUCCCAUUGCAUUUUACUGUCCAGAGAGCUUGUUUUUCAACGAGGCUCUGCAGAGAUGCGUAGAGUGGGAAUCUAGCGAUUGUUCCAAUGGAGAGACCACAACAUCAUCGCCGGGACAUACAACUCCUAGCCCUGAUACUCACAUUUGUUCCAAUAGCACUGGCCUAAAUUUGCCUUACAGGGAAAAUUGCCAAUGGUAUAUUUAUUGCACAGACGAGAAUUCCUUUAUGAUGGGUAUAUGUGGCAAUGAGGAAUAUUUCGAUCCGUGGACUGGGAAAUGUGGUUUUGAUGUUUCACCCGAAGCAUGUCGUGAAAUCCAAACUACAUCCCCGACAGUUACAGAUAGCACAGAAGGUCCAACCACGGUAAUAACACCAACGACUCCAGACUCACAGCCAGAUCCGUGUGAUGGAGCUCCUGAGGGAAAACUAGUUCCCUAUCCGGAUGACUGCUCCAAGUUUAUACAAUGCAUUCAACCCGAUCCAAUCGUUUAUGACUGUCGCGAGGGUCAGGAAUUUAGUGCCGCCUUGGAAAGGUGUAUGGCUCCUUGGUUUGCAAACUGUUCUAUUCCAGCUACAACAAUCCCACCCGUAACUAUUCCUACCACCACAACAACCACCGAGAAGCCUUCACCGAAUGGAAUUUGUGCGGAUAAGCCCGAGGGAUCACUGGUACCCUAUCCCGGGAACUGUAGCAAGUACAUUGCUUGUGAAGACCCCAUUCCGGUGGGCUAUGCGUGCCCGGAGGGAGAAGAAUUCAAUCCCACGAUUCUUACCUGUACGGAUCCUCACAUGGCUGGCUGCAAUCCUAGUGCUUUGCACACUUCACCGAAAUUCAAAUCAGAUAAUUUGGGCUUUUCUUUAUGGCAGUCCUUAAAUGCGAUCGCAAGUUUCGUUACAGAAUUGUAA